CCCCCAAGGCAUUCUAAAUCACUGAUAUCAUGGCAUCACCCUUGUUCUUCCUCCUGCUACUUCACUCAGCUUUCCUUGUUUCUACUUCUGCUUCCACCACUUCUUUACUUAAUCAAACAGAGACUCUUCUCAAAUGGAAAGCCAGUCUUGACAACCGAAGCCAGAGCUUCCUGUCUCCCUGGGUUGGGGAUAACCCCUGCAAUUGGGUUGGAAUUGGUUGUGAUAGAGUUGGAAGCGUCACCAACAUAAGCCUUCCAAAUUUUGGUCUCAAAGGUACACUUGACAGGCUUAACUUCUUGGCCUUCCCCAACCUAAUUUACUUUGAUCUUGGUAAUAAUUCACUUUAUGGGGCCAUUCCUUGUGAAAUCGUUAACCUGUCCAAACUCACUUUUUUCAAUUUGUCGACUAACGAUAAAUUUUCUGGAAGUAUUCCCACGGAUAUAGGAAGAUUGAGUUCGCUUGCCAUACUCAACCUUGCGGGGAACCAACUUAGUGGUUCAAUACCAUCAGAUGUAGGAUUUCUCAAUUCUCUCACUAAUCUUUCUUUGAAUGAUAACAAUUUCUCUGGUUCAAUCCCAGCUUCCAUAGGAAAUCUAACCAAUUUAUCCUUCCUUUCACUGUUUAAUAACAAUUUUUCUGGUUCUGUCCCUACUUCCAUAGGAAAUCUAACCAAUUUAUCCUUGUUGCAACUGAAUAAUAACAAUUUUUCUGGUCCGAUUCCUAUAGAAAUCAAUAACCUUACUGUUUUGGAAAAAAUCAAAUUGAGUAAUAAUGGAUUCACUGGCUAUCUACCUGACAAUAUAUGUAUUGGGGGAUUACUCAAACAUUUUUCAUCAGAAAACAACUAUAUCACUGGUCCAAUCCCAAAAACUUUAAGAAACUGUACCAGUUUAGAAAGGUUAAGGCUUGAAGGGAACCAACUUGAAGGGAAUAUAACAGAAGCUUUUGGCAUAUAUCCUCACCUGCGUUACAUUGAUUUGAGUAAUAACAAGUUGUACGGUGAACUCUCUCCAAAUUGGGGUCUAUGUCAUAACCUCACAAGCUUGAAGAUCUCCAACAAUAAGGUAUCUGGUAGGAUACCUCCUGAGCUAGCUCUAGCCACUCAAUUGACUCGGCUUGACCUCUCUUCAAAUCAGCUGAGUGGGGAGAUUCCUAAGGAAAUAGGCAAGUUGACAACCCUGGUUUAUCUCUUGCUAAAUGACAACCAACUCCUUGGCAAAAUCCCAUCAGAGAUAGGAAAGUUAGUUUAUCUGCAACAACUUAGCUUGGCAAAGAACAAUCUGGUUGGAUCCAUUCCGGAACAAUUUGGGAAUUGCUUCAGGUUAUUACACUUGAACCUGAGCAACAAUCUAAUUGAGGAAAGUAUUCCAUCUGAAAUGAGCAAAAUAUUUGCCCUUGAAACUCUUGAUUUGAGUUGGAAUUUAUUAACGGGAGAGAUUCCACAAGAGCUUGGAGGAUCACGUGCGUUGGAAAUGUUGAAUCUUUCUCAUAAUAUGCUUUUCAGUUUCAUUCCUCCUUCUUUUGAUGGAUUGAAGAGCUUAACAUGUGUUAACAUCUCUUAUAAUCAGUUAGAGGGCCCUAUCCCACUCACUAAAGGUUUCCUUCAUGCCCCAUUUGAUGCUCUUAGAAACAAUAAAGGCCUCUGCGGCAAUAUCACUGUUCUCCCGCAUUGUAUAUCCAAAAGCCAGAAGAAAAGUAGCCGCGGACUUGUAAUUUUAAUCAUUACACCAGCUUUGGGCGUUCUAUCUCUGUUAUUUAUCUUGGUGGGGUGUUUACUUCUUAUUCGUCGCAAAAAAUCUGAGAUAAAAGAGCACCAAUUUCGGGAUAUAUUUGCCAUAUGGGGAUAUGAUGGGGAAAUCCUCUAUGAAAACAUUCUUGAAGCUACAGACCAAUUCAACUCCAACUAUUGCAUUGGCUCAGGAGGAUAUGGAAAUGUUUACAAAGCUCUGCUGCCAACAGGUCGAGUUGUUGCGGUUAAGAAACUCAACCCAUCAGAUGACAAUCAAUCCAUCAAUUUGCGAGCAUUUGAAAGCGAGAUUUGUGCUUUAGUGGACAUACGACAUCGUAACAUUGUCAAGUUGUAUGGUUUUUGUUCUAAUGCAGAGUAUUCAUUCUUGAUCUAUGAGUUUGUAGAAAGGGGGAGCUUGAGGACAGUUUUGAGCAACCCAGAAGAAGCGGCAGAGUUGGAUUGGGAUAAGAGAUUGAACAUUGUUAAAGGGUUAGCAAGUGCUUUAUCUUACAUGCACCAUGAUCGCCCUUCACCUAUAAUCCAUCGUGACAUUUCUAGCAACAAUGUUUUGUUAGAUUUGGAUUAUGAAGCUCAUGUCUCAGACUUUGGCACAGCUAGGAUUUUGAAGCCAGAUUCCUUUAACUGGACAUCCUUUGCAGGCACAUUUGGCUACACAGCUCCAGAGCUUGCUUACACUAUGCAAGUAAGUGAAAAAUGUGAUGUCUAUAGUUUUGGGGUGGUGACAAUGGAGAUAAUUAUGGGAAGGCAUCCAGGUGAUCUUAUUUCAAAUUUAUGUACACCAAAUGGCCAGCAGAUGUUGCUGAAGGAUGUCAUAGACCAAUGCCUUAAACCUCAAAGGAGGAAUAAGGUGGCUGAGCAAGUGGUUGCUAGCACAAAGCUAGCAUUUACAUGUUUGCAUUCCAAUCCUCAAUUUCGCCCCACUAUGCAACAGGUUUAUCAAGCUCUUACAACUGGUCGACCAUCUCCAUUGCCAAAGCCAUAUUCAAUGAUAAGUUUGGGAGAUUUAAUUGGACAUGGACAUGGGAUAAAAGGCUGAGAUGCUUGGAUUUUUAUCAUAGUUCUAGGUGUGUCUCAUUUGUAUUUAUCUUUUCUAGUCUACCUUCUCUCUCAACAAAAACAAUUUUUAUCCUUGUGUUCUACUCUUUGUGAUAAACUUUUGAAUCUGUUUGCUUUGGCUUUUGUUGAUGCGGCUGGCAUAAUGGAAUAUUAUAUGAUAGGUUGUGAGGUCUAAUAAAGAACUUGAAGAAAUGUGGAUGUGUUAUCAAGUUUUCUAUUUACAUUCAACCUGAAAAUGAAUGGAACCACCUUUUUUUAUAAAUUAGGAAUGUAGUUAAGCUGCACGCUGUGUGGACUAUUGUACUCUUUCAUUUAUUGUAAUUAAUUUCUUAGGGUUUUUUUUAAUAAAUAAUUUGCUAGUGU